AUGGCUGUGUUGAUCGGAGUAAGAUGUCUGAAGUUUGUGAAAGAACAACUCAAUAUGGAAAUAUCAAAAGAUUAUUUGUGGAGUGACUCACAAGUUGUACUUGGUUGGUUGAACAGUAAUAAAAAGUUACCGGUUUUUGUGAAGAACCGAGUUGAUGAAAUUAAAGUUAACAAAGACAUAGAGAUCAGUUAUAUAAACACAAUGGAAAACCCUGCUGACAUAGCAACGAGAGGUUCUACUACAGCCAUGCUAUCUGACAAUCAACUAUGGUGGAAUGGACCAACAUGGCUGAGAGACCCAUCAAACACAUGGAUAACUGGUCAGCAGUCAUUGUCAGGUAAAAACCCAACAGUGAUGUGUGAGGAAAGUUGUUUAGUAGAGGAAAGUUCUCGAGAAAAUAGUCAGAGUUCUGACAGUCAUAGUGAAAAGAAAAUUUGUGCUCCAUUUGAAAUGGAUUGUGAAAGAUAUUCCUCACUUACCAAACUAUUACGUGUUACAGCAUAUGUUAACAAAUUCAUCAGAAAACUGAGGAGGAAAGAAGUUGAUUCUGAUCUAAACAGUGAUGAUAUCAAAGAGGCAGAAUUGAUUUGGACAAACUAUGUUCAGAGGAAAGUUUAUUCCAAAGAACUACACGGCCUCAAGACUAACAAAGCAACUAACUUGGAAAGACAACUAGGGUUGUAUGUAGAUGGUGAUGGCCUCCUUCGAUGUACAGGCAGACUGGAAAAUUCAAAUUUAGAAGAAGGAGCAAGACGACCUAUUCUAUUACCACCAAGAGAACGGUUCACACAACUUAUCAUUGAAAAAACACACAGAAAUAUAUUACAUUCUGGUGUGUCACAGACACUUGCAAAACUUAGGUACAAGUAUUGGAUACCACAUGGUCGUGCUACAGUAAAGUUAGUUUUACGUUUGUGUCAAGUAUGUCGACGACAUGAAGGUGGACCGUACAGAAUGCCAAAAAUGGCACCUUUACCUGCAUCCAGAGUUCAAGAGUCAAAUGCUUUUGCCAGAACAGGUGUAGACUAUCUUGGACCACUGUACGUGAAAGCUCCUGAAGGAUCAAAGAAAGUGUGGGUGUGUCUUUUUUCGUGCAUGGUGACAAGAGCUAUUCACUUGGAAUUAGUGCAAGAUAUGACAACAGAAGAAUUUCUUCUUGCUCUCAAACGAUUUGUGUCUCAACGUGGUGUUCCAAGUGAAAUUCUUAGUGAUAACGCUAAUCAAUUCAAACUUGCAAAUAAAACACUCGAUGAAAUAUGGAAGAAUGUGACAAACAGCAGUGAAGUUCAAUCGUAUACAUCAUCUUCAGGAAUAAAUUGGCACUUCAUUGUAGAACUAGCACCUUGGAUGGGUGGUUUUUAUGAGCGACUUGUCGGAUUAGUGAAAAGAUCAUUAAGAAAGUCUCUUGGACGAAAGUUGCUCACUACAAUUCAAUUGCAAACUUUGUUAAAAGAAAUAGAAUCAGUCGUGAAUUCCCGACCACUUGUGUACAUCACAGAUGACCUGAGCUCAAAUAUCACUCUUACCCCCAGUCAUUUUUUAACACCUAAUCCUAAAACAGGAAUACCAGAAAUAAGUGUUGAAAGUGAUGAUACAGACUAUAGUCCUUAUGACAGUUCUUGUGAAAGAUUGUUGAAUAUAUGGAAAAAAAGUCAGAAGCUACUAGAUGACUUUUGGAGAAUUUGGAGAGAUGAGUAUUUAUGUAGUCUUCGUGAGAGGACCCAGACGUUUCUCAAGGCGGGGAGGGUUGUAUCACACAAUGUACCCAGAAUAGGAGAUACAGUGUUAAUAAAAGACAACACACCAAGAGGUAGUUGGAAAAUUGGAAGAGUACAAGAACUUGUUCAUAGUAGAGACAAUGAAAUCAGAUCAGCAAAAGUUCAGUUAUCGUCAAAGAAAGUUCUAGGUAGACCUUUGAAUUUGCUGUAUCCAGUUGAGUGCAACGACAUAUUCAAGCAGACACCGGGUACAAAUAGGCCACCGGAGCAAAGAGACAAGAUAACCAAACAGUGUACAAAACGACCUGUUAGGCUAGCUGCGGAGGCUGCAAAGCGGAAGAUAAAAACUUUAGUGUAA